CAUCCAUCAUGGCUGCAUGCUUAGGACGGUAUAUAACUUGUGAGAAUAGUGUUAACAAUCGCUUACGAGUAAAUGUUUUGUUAAUUAUAAUAAUUUUAAACACUGUUUCUGUAGCAUUGGGUCAAGAUGGAGAUGGUCAGCUAGUACUAUACAUGGAUCACUCUUUAGAUCAAGGGGCUACUGCAGAAUUUACUUCUAGAGGUGUUAUUACGGUUCAUUCCUUGAGAAGUGGAGAAGUCUCUUGGAACCAAGAAAAUGCAGUUGAUUCUUUGUUUGUUGAACAGUUAAAGCAAGUAUCAAGAUCAGGAGGUUAUUAUCGUUUGAAGCUUUCAACCAAACAAAAUGAUGACAAUUUUGUGCUAACGUUUAUGAAUGCUUGUUCCUUGUAUGAAUCUGCAUUAUCAGACAUUGUCACUGUAACAUUUGACCAAGGUGGAGCAUUAUUAGGUGUUUCAGCAACAACUGUUCCUUCUAUUUGUCAAGGAACUGUAAUUUCAGACAACAGACUUGCUGGUUUCAACAGCACAGUUUAUGUUGUAUCUACAUACACUGGACCCAGUCCAGACACAGCAACUUACAUUCAACGAUUAGAGAAAGAAAAAGCAGAGAAGGCCCGGGGAGAAAAUCAAGAUAACAGGUCUUUCCUUGCAAAAUAUUGGAUGUACAUCGUUCCAUUGUUGAUUUUCGUGCUCCUCUCUGGAUCAUCUGAACAAGGUGGACGAUAAAGCAGAUAUAAACAUAACACUGAUUCCAGAAAUGUAUUUAUUGUUUAUUUAAACUAGAUACAGGUUUCCAGAUAUAUUCAGCUAAUAUGAUUUCUCUUUCUACAUAAUUUUGUUCAUACCAAAGUCAAUAAAAAACCAGUGUUCUGCAGAUGUUACUCUACGUUAAUCAACUUGGAUUGAAGAAUACAGGAUGUACAGUUGUAAUAAUUGGGAUAGAAAAAAAACAUCAGUAUAUUAUAACAUUUGGGGAGAGAAUGAGAAUUAAUUUUGUUUUUUAUCAAUGCCUUUCAUGUUUAUAAGCUUUCAGCAUAAAACUUAAAAGAAAAGAAGAAGAACAUGAAGCUUUAGCAUUACACAACUGAAUUGAGCUCUGAAUUUGUGCCCCUUAGGCUUCCGUACUAGCUUAUAUAUUUAAAAUUUAUUUGGUAACUAUACAAGCACAAACAUUGGCCAAGAAAUAUAGUUCUGGUAAUUUGUUUUAAUAUCAGAAAUUUUCAUAAUAUAUGUACAUAUAUAGAGUUCUGUCAGUUUUGAUCAAUAAAUAUGGAGUAUUAUUGUUAUUCAUUGUUCCAUUUUUAUAGUGAAGAUAUGCAACAAAUUAAAAAAAACAAAACAAUGAAUGAGUAAUAGUGUUCCUUGUAGUUUGUGAUUGGUUAGUAAGUAUACAGGAAGGUAUCUCUUUCUACCUAUCAUACAUCUGCAUUUUUGGAUCUUAGUAAGGAGUUUUGGGUCAUAAAUUUUUUUGUGUGGUAAACUUAAGGGCAUAUAGUGCUGAAAUUCUGAGUUUUAUCCCUAUGGUGGGCACAUCACAGGCGUCCAAAUGUACAGCAUUGUAAUUAACAAAAAAAUUAAAUCGCUAUCAGGCAUAGAGUAAGUUUGCUAUGACUUGCAUAAUGAAUUUAUUGCAGACAACCAUGUAUGGAAGUGUGCUUGUAAAAAAAGUUUACUCAGACAAAACGAAAUGUAAAUAUGUUUCACAAAAAUAUUUGUAUUUAAAUUAUGCAAAAUAAACUUUUCCGUUGAGAUGAACAUUCACAUUUUGUUGGAGAUUGGGAUUAGUUGAUAGAAGUAUUCAAAAUUACUUUGUGGUUGAAUAUAGAUAAAAAUAAAACUUGUAUUUAUACUAAUAACAUAUUAAACUGCAUGUGUUCACUUGUGGAAAAUAAUAAUGGUGUUAACGUUUUCAUCAAAGUACUUAGCUGUUAAACAGUAAUAGUUUUAAAAGACCUUUCAGUUUAAUUGUGUAGCAAUGUUCGGAAAAGACAUUUCCAAGUAAUACAUACUCCAGACAGACAUACAUUUCAUUGUCGGGUUUUUGGUCUUAAAGACCUGGGAGGGUCAGGUGCGUUUGAUCUCUUCAUUCAAAUUGUAUCAUUACAUUUCAAAUUUAAUCUUUUAAGUAUCAUUGUGAGUCGUUAGAUGGCAGCACAUGCAUUAAGGAACAUAAUUUACGGGUUUAGAAAAAGUAGGAAGUUAAACAAUUGUAUGGAUAAUUUUAAUAUUGAUUAGGUUUAAAGUAAAUAUAUUACAUA